ACCCCACACCCCUGCAGCGGGCUUGUAUCAACCCUCAAGUUAAGUCAACCGGAAGUCAACCUCAACGACAUUAAAACCACCAGUUCGUCUUCACAUUGCCACAACCACAAUAGCCGAGCGCCUAGCUAGAGUCAAACUUUAGGAAAGCAAACAUGGGCGACCGUCUCACACAACUUCAGGAUGCUGCAGAUCAGCUCGUGCAUCAGUUCAUUGCGUGCUACUACUACAUCGAGCGCCGCCAUGAGCUCGAAACGUUUGGGCCCAACGACAAGAUACACGACCUUAAAGAUAACCCCAAAGAAUUGGACUCGUUACCGCCCGAUGUCUUCCAGGCGGGUCAGCUCGAGCUGGCGCGCGACCUCAUCACCAAGGAGCAGCAGAUUGAGUACCUGAUAUCGAGCCUGCCGGGCCUCGACAAUAGCGAGCACGACCAGGAGCAGCUGAUCAAGGACCUCGAGGAGGAGCUCCGGGUCGCCGAGGCGCAGCGCCUCGAUGCGAUCAAGGAAAAGGACGAGAUCUUGGUGAGGCUCGACCAGGUCCUCCGCAGUAUCCGCCGCAACUGAAUUGGGGGGGGGGAGUGGAUCAUGAUAAGUGCAUUUAUCUUGGGAAGACCAUGGGAUGGAAUUGAGGGAGUCUUUCGGUGAAGCUCUGGCAUUACAUUUGAUUUCACGGCGCAACGGCGUGACAGGGAGGGGAAGGGAUCGAUACCCGUCUAUUUGUGUUCAAAGGUGCUAUAGGUAUCUUCAUGUGCAUGAUCAAUCCACUUCAGAUUUUUUAUUUAUUUCAUUUGUCAAUUAACAUUAAUGCAAGGGUCUGUCUCGUUUUUAGGUA